AUGAGACUAUAUUGGAAAUGUGCAGAGAAAAUGAGAUGCUUUCGGAAGCGCUCAACGAUUCCAGCGUUGGCCCUCCUUGCAAUUUGUCUCCUUUGCUUGAACCUAUAUAUGGAAGAGGACAGAUACGUAAUGGAUGGAGAGCAAAGACUGACAAGAGAAGUAACUUCACAUCAGCUUAACUCUGAAAAAUAUGUCCAUUCGUUCAAAGAUUUAACUAACCUGUCAGGAGCAAUUAAUGUCACCUAUCGUUAUCUUGCAGGUUUUCCUAUACCUAGAAAAAAAUAUUUAACAAUAGGAUUGUCAUCAGUGAAAAGGAAAAGAGGUAACUACCUACUAGAAACAAUUAAAUCUAUUUUUGACCAAUCCAGCUAUGAAGAACUGAAUGAAAUUGUAGUUAUUGUACACUUAGCAGACUUUGAUCUCUCAUGGUGUGAAGACAUUGUCCAAGAAGUUUCCAGAAAAUUUGGUCAUCACAUCAUUUCUGGUCGAUUGAUGGUUAUUCAUACUCUUGAGGAGUAUUACCCAAGUCUAGAUGGCCUCAAAAGAAACUACAAUGACCCAGAAGAUCGAGUGAGAUUUCGAUCUAAACAAAAUGUAGAUUACGCAUUUCUGCUUAAUUUCUGUGCCAAUUUAUCCGACUACUAUGUAAUGUUAGAAGAUGACAUUCAUUGCUCAAAAAACUUCCUAUCUGCAAUUAAAAAAGUCAUUACCUCAAGAAAAGGCUCCUAUUGGGUGACACUGGAGUUUUCAAAAUUGGGAUAUAUUGGAAAACUUUACCAUUCACAUGACCUGCCUCGACUGGCACAAUUUUUAUUAAUGUUUUAUCAGGAAAUGCCAUGUGACUGGUUACUAAUUCAUUUCCAAGGGCUACUUGCCCAAAAGGAUAUCAUUCGGUUUAAGCCUUCUUUGUUUCAGCACAUGGGAUAUUAUUCCUCAUUCAGAGGAACAGAAAACAAACUCAAGGAUGAUGAUUUUGAAGAAGAUUCCUUUGAUAUUCCUGACAAUCCGCCUGCGACGCUUUACACAAACAUGAAUGUGUUUGAACAUUACGAUCCUCGUAAAGCAUACAGCAAUGUAGACGAGUACUUCUGGGGGAAAUCUACUUCAGCCGGAGAUUACUUUCUUAUUGUGCUGGACAAACCAGCUAAAAUCGACAAACUGAAAAUCCAAACAGGAACUGAUGAUAGACAAAAUGAUAUUUUGCAUCACGGAGCACUAGAGGUUGGUCAAACUGUGCAAUUAGCAAAGAAAGGAAAGCAGUGUUCUAGCUAUGUCAAACUGGGCGAGUUUCAACAUGGAAAUAUUGAGAUUAAGGAUAUUGGUCACAAAGUUGAAUUUGACAUUCACUGCAUUCGGCUAUUAGUAACAGAAAGCCAAAAGGAAUGGCUGAUUAUCAGGAGUAUCAGCAUUUGGACCAAUCAGCCAUCAAGUUAG